AUGAAUAUACACUUAACCGUGCUGGCAUCGCUCGAAGACGUGGACGUGGCCUUCAAUAAAAAAUUUGGUUUUCCUAUCAAGCUGCUGCUCAACUGCUCCGCCGACUACUCGCUGCCGCCCGCCGACCUGCGCUGGUACCUCGACGACGAGCUGCAGAAGUCUGAAGCGUGGCAGCGAACGGAGCUGAGCGCGCCGGCGGCGGGCGGGCUGCGCGCGUCGUGGCGCGUGCUGCGCGUGCGCGUGCCCGCCGCCGCCAGCGGCGCGCUGCGGGUACGCUGCGAGUCCGUGCUGCAGGUGGACCCACCCGUGGUGCGCGACGCUAGCGCCACCGUCACCAUCUACUCGAGAACGCAGCUCUCUAAAUAUGUUUCUAAUAAAGGUGAAACAAUCUUCGCCAACUCCAGUGUUGCAGUUUGGGUCUUCACUGUAAUAUCAAGGUUUACGAGCUUAUGAGGAUCGAUUUAAUGUCUGGUGAUACUAGAUGUAAGUGUAGAUACAUU